CAAUCACAACAGACGUUUGCAUAUUGCGCGCCUGCCUGCUUACUUUUAUCUUUCCAGAGACGCACUCGGAGACCUGUUGGAUGCUACUAAAAAUACAUUAUUUUGAGGAGUUGACGGUUUUUUUUCUCCUUUCAUCUUUUGACAUUUUUGUUGCUCUCAUCAGUGACAACUUAUGUGAGAACUUUUUUUGGGGGGAUCUUCUUUGCAGUUCUGCAAUAUUGGAGUUUAUGGGUGAAUAAACCACUUAAUUGUUGAACCGUGCAGUUGGACUAAAAUCAGCAUUUCAUGGUUACAAUGAAUAAUUCCGUCAAAUAGCUGACUCCUCCGGACCAAAGGAAUUUCAAGUGAUAAUCCCAGUGUAGCUUCUCUUCUUGAGGAGUGAAGAUGUGUCGGAGUGUGUGUGUGCCGGGGGCUCUGCUCACUCUCCUUGUGCUGACACUUGUGUUGCCUACCGGCCAGGCUUGCCCCAGGAGCUGUAACUGCUACCAGGCCAGUGAAGUCCACUGUACUUUUCGUUCCCUGCUUGCCAUCCCUCCUGGCCUGCCUGUGCACACACGCCGCAUGAACUUAGGGUUCAACAGCAUCAGCAGGAUCCAUGAAACCUCUCUGACGGGGCUAAAGAAAGUGGAGCUCCUGAUGCUCCACAGCAAUGACCUCCACCAUAUUCCAGAUGCAGUAUUCAGAGAUUUGAAAUCAUUACAGAUACUAAAGCUGAGCUAUAACAAGCUGAGAGAGAUCUCUUCAUCUCUGACCUUCUCUGGCCUGACCUCACUCCUGCGCCUGUACUUGGAUCACAACCUCCUCCAGCACAUCCACCCCCGGGCCCUGCUCCAGCUGCCUAGCCUCAGGCUGCUACGUCUGCAAGGGAACAGGCUGCAUCAGCUGCACCCACACACUCUGUGCACGCUCUCUUUGCUGAAUACAUACUACUUCUCUACACUCAGACACCUAGACCUCUCCAACAACAGUCUGACCACCUUACCCAGCGAAACUUUAGCGACAGCGCCUCUACUGGAGACUCUUGUAUUGCAGGACAAUCCAUGGAGCUGUGACUGUAGGAUGAAUUGGUUUCUAACAUGGAGUCUGGCUCAUCCAGGAUUCAUGAAAUGUCCUGGCGGGCCUCAGUGUCCAAUCUGUGCCUCACCGAAAUCCCUUCAAGGGCAGGGGUUGUUUGACCAGAUUGAUCUACCGUGCAAGUCGCCUGUGAUCAUCUCCCCUGGAAGAGUCACACCUUUGGAGACGGAGCUCAUUGAAAUCCAGUCAAGAGAAUCCUUCAGAGAGCCUCUAGGCACUGCCUCUUUGGGUUUGUCUGACCAACAGGGGAACAGUGUUGAUCUGAGUUGCAACAUCACUCACUCUUCUGAUUCCCAGGAUAUUGCACCUCCCCCAGAUCUCUCCCUCUCUUCUUCUUCCCCUCUCCCUCUUGCUUUGUCCCUCUCUCUGGAUUGCCCUGUGGAGAGACAGAGCUAUGAGAAACUCUGGAGGAUACUAGCAUACUAUAGUGAAACAGCAGUUCGCCUGGAGAGGGAGCUCAUGCUGAGUAAAGCCCCAGCAUUGGCCUACCGCUACAGGCAGACAGUAGAGACAGACGGAUAUUAUCACACGGGGGUCAGAGCUUCUGUUAAAGCUAUGCCACAAUGGUUGCUACAGCCAGCAAUUAGCAUUCAGCUAAACAGAGCACAGUCUAAUGGAAUCAAAGUUCAACUCAUAUACUCAACAAGAGUUUCUGCUCAUCCUGACCCUAUUUCUCAUUCCUCAACAUCCAACCCUGCUUUUCAUCCGUGGACGCUGAUUUCAACUAAUCAUACCAUCACAGCACUGGCAACAGUAGCAAGGAGUAAAGUGGAACUACCAUGCCCUCUGCUAAGUUCUGGUAGCCCCAAAGUAGAGUGGGUUCUCCCAGAUGGAUCCAAGCUUAUCUCCCCCUCCAACAACCUAGACGGUAGGCUCUUGGCUUCAAACUCAGGUUUACUUAUUCAUAAAGUGAUGCUUUCAGAUGCUGGGAUCUAUUACUGCAUAGCACGGACAGGCAGGGAUGUAGAUGUAAUGCCCUUGCGCCUUGCAGUCGAGGAGUCUUCGAUUCCACCUUCAGGAGAGCAUGUAGGACCUCCUGCCAAAGGAGCUGUUGGGGAACCCAUUAGUCUGUCUUGUGAGGUGUCUGGUUCACCAUUGCCUUAUUUGAGUUGGGUGUUACCAGAUGGAAACACAGUACGUCGAGGAUUAGCUGUAUCAGGGGGGGUCACAAUGCAAUCAAAUGGGAGUCUCUCUCUGCCUAACCCCACCAAGAGGGAUGCUGGGCAUUACCGCUGCAUUGCAGUCAACCAGUAUGGUAGUGAUUCUAUGUCCAUGCAGCUGGAAUUAAAGUCACAACAUCCCCUUUCACUAAAGAAUUCAUUCUCAAGAGGGCCACAAUCAGCGGCUGGUCGGUCCACCAGAAUUAGAGCUCCAUUAUUACGCCUAGAAGAGGAAGGAUCAGGGGAUGAAGAGGAAGAAGAGAAAACAACUAUUGGCAAUAGAAGACAUCAAAGGCCUCUCCAACUUCCACCAAACCGACGUCAUCCGAUUGGACAACCCAGAGGACGUGGACUUAUGAGAGAGGGCCCCCUGAGAAGAGGAGGGAGGCCUGUAUCAUCCACUGACAAGAGAAGAAAUCGCUUCGAAAACAGACAUAGAGUUACCACCAACAAACAAAGGAUAGAUCCCAAGAAAUGGGCUGACCUCUUGGAAAAGAUACGACAAAAGACUGCUCAGACUAAUAAUAGUCAGCCCAUUGCAGAAGGGACAGCCACAGCUGAAGCAGAGGGAAAAAGCAGACAUGAGGGAGGAGACGAUACAGAUAAAGGUAGAACUGAGGCCUCAGAGGUCGAAGCAGAAACUGAAGGGUCGUCUGUCGAUGGCGAUGAUCUAAAACAGGAAGGCUCAGAGUCCAUUCCCACUGAUCUGACAAAAAUGCCAUCACACAUUGGGACAGAAACAGACACAGAGAUAACGAAAGAGACAGAUAGGUCGAGAGAAACACAGACUGAUAUAGAGAAUGAGACAGAGACACACAUACACACAGAGAAACCAACAGAGACAGUGACAAACCCAGAAACACGACAAGAACAAGUCACAUCUAAACCAAUCCCAGGAAGAAAUGAAAUUAUCCCUGAAGCUAGAGAGGGAAAUGAACAAGAAGAAAACCCCAGCCUUUCGAGAACCAGGCCGCAGAAACCCAGGCAGGGUAUCUUUCCUAACUUGGUUCCAAACUCCAGACCUCAAAGCCCUUGGAACUCUCGCAGGAGGAUCGGACAGCGAAGACGAAUCAUCAACAGACAGAGGGGACAACCUUUUAGUCCAACACAACCUCUCCCUGACCCUAGGUCACAAACUGACACUACAACAGAUCAACUUGAUACGUUGCUGCUGGUGUCAUCAACCACGUCUCCAGCUGAGCGUUUAAGGACUGCCCCAAUAAAUUCUCUGUUUCCCCCUGUUUCUAACAGUCUUGGUAUCUUCACUUCAAAUUUUGACUCCCUCUCAGCAACUCCCCCUCCUUCCUCUACCACCUCAUUAUCCUCCACACACACAAAGGCACAUAUAGACAUGAUGACUCAGUCUGCUAACUUCCCUGACAUUGCAGAGUCCAAUCCCAUCAGCACACUCACACCAGCACCCACUCACUCCCACACUGCCAUUUCCUUUGCACAGACACAUGUGCCAGACACACACACCGAGACACAUAUACACACGACAUCAGGCAAACAUGUUGAUAGACCACCAAGCAAACACAGUGAAGAGCCGAAGAGGAAUUCAUUGGGUGUACCAUAUGUUUCCCAGUCCUUGGCCUCUGUGUCGCCCACUCCCUCCUCCAUUGCUUCCACCGAAGUCGUCGGUGCUGUGACAAUUGCCAUCACUACUGUAAAAAUAACAAGUCCUUCAACCACUCUAGAGAGCACUCACUCUAAUAUUAUGGGAAGCAGUAAAAGUCUAUCUACCGCAAUAGAUAGUGAGAACACACUUCCUGUUACCACUACAACUAGUCCCAUGACUCCACCUCCCAUCAUAUCUACUAAAACUACAAUUACUACUCCAACAUCUAGCCCUACCAGAAGUACAACUACUCUUACCUCAACUACUACCCCAACAACUCCUAUACUAACAUCUACUUUGCCCACUACCACUACUACUUCUUCAACCAGCCCUUCUACUACAUUUACUACUACUACAGCUCCUAGUACUAAAGUGUUGUCAAACGCUAUUUCCACAACUUUGAACCCUACUACUACUACUUUUAUGAGUACUACUACGACUACUACUACUACUACUGCAACAACUACCAAAACCACCAAUCCUACAAUAAGUAGUAGAAUUACAAUAUCAGCCACACAUUCUCCCACCACAACACAAGUUACAACAUCCAGUACCCCUUCUACUACCACAACAAGAAUGACAUCAACACCUACUGCAGCAUCACCCAAAGAGAGGCCAAGCGCUGGCCAAGUUGACCCCAGAUGGAAGCAUGCUUCCAGGGAUCCAAACCAGAGUCGACCCCCCACUGAAUGGAAGAACCCUGGAGCUAAUUCUAUUCCUGAUUCACACAGCGGCAGGCCACUCCGGCCCCCCUCCUCCUCGCUCCCUGUCGCCCCUGGGGAACCAGUUGUGAAAUCCAGACCGAGGAUUGCAGAUCCACACAUUAGGACUGUGUCGUUCCCAGCAGAGAGCACUGCCAGGCUGGAUUGUGAAGCUAAAGGAGAGCCUAAGCCCUCUAUCACAUGGACCAAAGUCGCCACAGGAGCAGUGAUGUCAAUCCACUCCAGGGCUCAGCGAUUUGAGGUCUUGCCAAAUGGCACCCUUGUUAUCCAGAAUGUUCAGCAGCAGGACAGGGGCACAUACAUCUGCAGUGCACACAGCUUUCUGGGUCGUGACAGGUUGUUAACAACCCUUGAAGUGUGGACACGCCCCCCUAGGAUGCAACUGGCCAGUUAUAGAGAAUCGACCAUUCAUCAGGGUGGAGCGGUGCACCUAGAGUGCCAGGCAGAUGGCAUUCCCACCCCUCUGCUCUCUUGGGUUUUACCUGACCGUUCUGUCCUCACCUCCACUUCCCCCUCGGCCAGUCGCAUCAAUAUGGACACAAAUGGAACCCUCCAUAUCUCGGUAACUUUACCAAGCGACAGAGGAGUGUAUCGCUGUGUGGCCUCCAACUCAGCAGGUGCCGCCAGCGCCUCAGCGCGUGUACACGUGUCCUCCUUGCCCCCGGUGAUACAGCAACCUAGAGAUGAACACCUGCUCUUGUCUCCGGGGAGGCCUGUCUAUGCACACUGCUCGGCCCGAGGUGCCCCACAACCAACUCUGCGAUGGCGAAUCCCGGAUGGGACUCUUGUUCGACCAUCCCAGUUUCUCCAUGGCAAUCUUUUUGUCUUGCCCAAUGGGACACUGCAUAUUCGGAGAGUUGAGCCUAAAGACACUGGAAAUUAUGAGUGCACAGCAAGUAAUGCUGUUGGAGCUGAUAAAAGAACGGUGAGGGUGGAAAUUGAAGUGGAAAGAACACAGGGUGGGGCAGGACAUGAAAGGGCAAGAGCAGUUGCAGCUGAAAAACCAUCUUCUUCUUCUUUCCAUGAAGAAAAGAACUUUCCAAUCCCCAGCCAACCUCCAAAUCCAUUCAGACUCCCCCCUCCAUCACUUUUUGAUAGAUCCAGAAACUUGCCUGACUCCUCCAGCUCCUCUCGAUUCUCUUUUCCUCCUCACCAACUCAAUCCCACUAACUCACCUCCCAAAAUCAAUAAAACAGUCACUUCCUCCCCCACACACUUGGCCAACAUCAACAGAACACUCUCCACCUUGCCUACAAAUAACACCAGAGUGUCAAUUGGCAUUGUAAACAACACAAGACUUACUUCUACCCCCUCUGACAAAAAGGGACCCUCAACCCUGCCUCCCUCACCUGUUUCCCCUUUCAGUAAAGCCCGUAUUGUCUCUACAACACCCCCCAUAUCUACCAUCCACUAUGGGGAGAUUUUGCAGCUCCACUGUACUGUAACUGGCAACCCAUCACCCAUCAUCAUUUGGAGGACUCCCAAUAGAAAACUGGUGGACAUGCAUUUCAGUUUCGACCGACGGUUUAAGGUGCAUCCUAAUGGCACCCUGUCAGUUCAGACAGUCACAGAAAAAGAUGCUGGGGACUACCUCUGUAUUGCGCGCAACAAGGUUUCAGAUGAUUAUCGCCUCCUGCGUGUCUCUGUAGCUACCAAGCCGGCCAAAAUCGAACCCAAGCAGCCACACGAUCAGAUGGUGCUGUUUGGCAAACCACUGAAGGUUGACUGCCAAGCAUCAGGGCUGCCUGACCCAGCUGUCCAGUGGAGCCUACCUGAUGGAACCAUGGUAAACAGUGUUUUGCAGGGGGAAGAAAGAGGAAGGCGAACACGGAGGCUAACUGUGUUUGAUAAUGGGACCUUACUGGUUCCAGCAGUGGGUAUGGGGGAGGAAGGAGAGUAUACCUGUUAUGCUGAGAAUCAAGGAGGGAAAGACACCAUGAAGGUCAAAGUAAAGAUCAUGAUGACAUCCCCACCAGCCUUCAACGAUGACAGAAGUUACCAUGUAAUUAAAGUACCUCUGGGAGGAACUGCCACUAUUCCCUGCCGGGCCACAGGAGAUCCUACUCCGACAGUGACAUGGAUUUCGCCAACACACCGUGUCAUCCCCAACAGUUUGGGAUCUAGAUUUUACUCUGAGCGGGUUGUUGUGGUUUCAGGUGGAACCCUGGAGGUGCGCAUGGCUCAGAAGAUCGACACAGGAAAUUAUACAUGCCGAGCUGGCAACUCAGCUGGGGAGAAGAGCAUGGUGAUAGGCCUGGUAGUGGAGUCUCCUAACUAUGGACAACAUGCUGGAGGAAGAGGUUGGAGUACCAGCAAUGGGCCAGCCAGUAGGUCAGGGGAAAACAUUAAGAAUGGAGUCACAAACAAGUUUGGUGGCAGCAACAAUAAUGGUCAUAGUGGUAAUAAUGGCAGGUUGGGAAACAUUGUACCCAACACUGGCAUUAGUGUAGCAACCAGUGUCUUAAAUCCUGUCCAAAGGAGUGAUAGCCAAGGUACAUUAAACAGGCCUGUCAGUAGAAUAACAACCCAUCUUGGUAGCAGUGUAAUCAGUGUUGGGGUUAGCGGUGCUAGCAAUAUAGGCUUUAAAGCAGAUAACACUGAAAUAACUAGAAAUGGACCUAUUACCACAAGAGGUAAUAAUAGUCUGGGCAACAGUCACAACACAGCUAGAGGAAAUAUUGUUGAAAGGAAGCCCGGGACUUACAAUAAUGAAGUUAUUGCAGGAAAGAGUAGCAAUGAUGCCAACACUGGUAUUUCAAGAAAUGUUGGAAUUGUUAGCAGCAGUGUGUCUAAUCAUGGAGCUGGUUCAUUCAGAGAAAAUGGGUUCAGUAGUGGUAUAAAUACAGGAGCCAUUAAUGCUUACAGUAGGAUAAGUGCUGGUUCAAGUAGUGCCAACACAGCUGCUCAUAAUACAGGUACUAAAAACUCUUCUAACACACUUGCUGGGAUGAUAACGACAGUGAAGAAGCGGUCAAUGAAAGGCCAAACUGUUAUUCUGCCAUGCCCCUCCCAAGGCUCCCCUCCCCCUCGAGUGGCUUGGCUUCUGCCUGGUAAUGGUGUGUUGCCAGCUCCUUAUUAUGGCAGCCGGCUAACAGUGCACCGAAAUGGCUCGUUGGAGCUGCGAGGCGUGCGGGUGAGUGAUAGUGGGACCUUGGUUUGUGUGGUUAGAGGUCAGCAAGGAGAGUCCAGGAUACAGGUGGAGCUGGAGGUCUCUGAGGUAUCUUCCAACAGGGCACCAGCUGUUGAAAGACCUGCUCAAGGAAGCUUUGGUUCGAAUGAGGUGCCAAACCCACGGUUUCCAGUUACUCCAAGGCCUUCUUUAACAGUUGUACCUCAUCCAGUUGGCCCUCCACUCCGCUCAACUGGCCUUGCCUCCGAGCCAGUACUGAGCACCAGGACAGCCCCCUUGGUGAGCAUCAUUAAUGGAGAAACUCUUUGCCUGCCCUGCCCUGCUUCCCAAACAUAUGGAUACACCCAGAGAUCUCUCUCCUGGACUAUGCCCAGUGGAAAGGUGAUGUCUUUGGGUGAGAGUGGUGAAUCAGGACGAUUUAUUGUCGGAGCGGAUGGAACGCUAACAAUACAACAGGCCACUGUCUUCGAUCGUGGGUCCUACACCUGCAGGUCGCAGAGCAUCCACUCCUCAUCUGUUUCGGUCCUCACUGUCCCUGUCAUCGUCAUCGCCUACCCCCCUCGCAUCACAACAGGCCCCUCCCCCGUGACCUACACACGACCUGGUGUUGCCGUGGAGCUGCCAUGCAUGACCAUAGCGACCCCCCGGGCGACAGUCACCUGGGAGACACCAGACCUGACACAACUCAUUGUCAUGGGUCAGGCUCGUAUCUAUGGCAACCGCUACCUUAGUCCUCAGGGUUCCUUGGUGAUACAGAACCCAACAAGUAGGGAUACAGGGUUUUACAGAUGCACCGCAAAAAAUGUGAUAGGAGUGGACACCAAAGCGACCUACCUGCAUGUUAUAUAAUGUGGGGAAACAAAAACACUCAUACACACAAAAAAACGUGCAGAACAAAAAACAGACUCCACCAGGCUUCUGUGCUGGUGAAUUACUCUGCUGUUAAAACUAUGUGUCCAACAAGCCCAACGGAACUGCAAGAUACUGUUUUAUCUCAGAAAAGACUUUCCUAAUUGCCUCAUUAAUGUAUUUUUAAUGUACAUCUUUGUUUUAAAUACUGUCAUUUGUAUGCAAGAUUCUCUGAACAUAACAGCAAUACAUUUUUCUCUGCAGUAUCAAAACAUUUCAUUAAGGUCUGUUUUAUUAUACACUUGUAUAAUUCGUACCUUGUUUUCUGUCUCUUUGGGCAGCAAGUCCGAUAAAAUACACAAGAUAUUUAAGGGUGCUGCACAGAUGUAAUGUAAAUGUGGACCAAUGGACUACUUUUCAUGUGGACGAGGGAAAAAAACUGAAAGACUGUCGUUUUUCUCUGUUCAUUGUGUUCCUUUAAAAAACCCUUUUGUGGAGAAAAUAACCUUGUCCCUUUUUAGGUUUUCACCAUUGUGAAAUUUUAUUUUAAAUCUGGGAAACAAGACAGACAUGUACUGUUAAAAAAAAACACGAGUGCUAUCCUUGGCUUGAUUACUUUAUUUCAUGACGUUGUGCAUUUAUCUACUAACACUGACCGACAACAGAACUUUUUCCUCGAAAAAUUACAUUGAUUAAGAACAUUUUCUCGAUAUCUUUU